AUGUGGUCAGUUUUGCCAAGAAAGAAGUCCGCUACAUCACCCCGCCUUCAUCAAGUAAGACCUCUCACGCCUCCACAAGAGGAGCGUACACAUGAGCCAUCACAGCCGGCGCCUCAGAAGGCCGUCGUGCUAGACGCUAGCUACACGACUCAGAACCAAUCAGAGACAUUCUCAGACAAAUCACGCGGCGAAGUGACAUGGCACACCCUUCUAUCAUCCGAUAAGACUGCUUCUCAGGACAUGUCUGCUGGUAUUGCAAGCUGCCCCGCAAACACUGGUUACUUGGCUCAUCAUCGCCAUACUCAGUCUGAGAUCUACUACAUUAUCUCUGGAAAGGGCGAAGUCACUGUCGAUGGUACAGUUCAUGCUGUCACAGGAGGAAGCACAGUAUUCAUCCCUGGAGAUGCUGAGCACGGUAUCAAGAAUACUGGAGAACAGGAGCUAAAGUGGUUCUACGUCUUCCCAACUGCCAGCUUCAGUGAUGUCAAGUACAAGUUCUCCGAAGUCGAAAAGGUCGACGAUCGUGUUGAUGAGUUUGUACCUCGCAAGGAGCCUCCUGUUCUCAAGAUCUACGGUUGGGAUUCUUGA